UAGUAUUUCUUUCUGUGACAGAACAAUGAAAGCAAACACAACUACAGCUUGCCCAUUCUCCUGCUGAUUUUGAUUGGAUUGAGAAAGCUGAAAGCAAGAAAAGCAACAAUUCCAUUUCCCCUUUUCUUUUGCCUAUUUACACGACCUACGACCUUCGAGUCCGCCCAUUAUUUUGUUUCUUCUCUUCUCUCUCUUUCUCAGGAAUGGGGUCGUUUUUGUAGCACUACAAGUUUUGAGAAAGGAGGAGCCUUCCUUAAAGCUCAAGCCUUUUAGAUUGAAAUGGGUUUGAGCAGACCUCAAAAAACCAGCAAUGGAGUCUCCACCAGAUGGGUUUCUAUCUUCUGCAUUGCCAGCUUCUUCUUGGGGGUUCUUGUUGUCAACAGGUUUUGGACUAUUGAUCCAGUCAAAAUGGAUGAGGAAGCUUCAUCUGUGAAAGAACAUCCAUCAAAAAUUUCUCAUCCUGUAGUUAAUUGUGAAAAGAAGGAGACCUCUGUCCAGGCAAGGGACAUUCUCUCUCAAGUUUCACAAACUCAUGAUGUAAUCAUGACAUUAGAUAAAACAAUAUCCUCAUUGGAAAUGCAGCUGGCUGCUGCAAGAGCUGUCAAAGCUGACACUGAGGAAGGAUCUCCAAUGGUCACAAAAUCAGGAACCAAGCCUUUGAAGGAGCGACAGAAAGUCUUUUUUGUUAUGGGUAUAAUUACAGCAUUCAGCAGCAGAAAACGGAGAGACUCUAUUAGAGAAACUUGGAUGCCCAAAGGAGAGGAGUUGAAGAAGUUGGAAACUGAGAAGGGUAUCAUCUUACGAUUUGUAAUAGGACACAGCGCAUCACCAGGUGGUGUUUUGGAUCGUGCUAUUGAUGCAGAAGAAGAACAGCACAAGGAUUUCCUGCGGCUGAAUCAUAUUGAAGGAUAUCACGAAUUGUCAUCAAAAACACAAAUAUACUUUUCAACUGCUGUUGCUAGGUGGGACGCAGACUUCUACAUUAAAGUUGAUGAUGAUGUACACAUAAAUCUUGGAAUGGUUGGCUCUACUUUGGCCCGCCAUAGAUCAAAACCCCGUGUUUAUAUUGGCUGUAUGAAAUCUGGACCUGUUCUAUCACAGAAAGGUGUCAAGUACCAUGAGCCUGAAUAUUGGAAAUUUGGUGAGGAGGGAAAUAAGUAUUUUAGGCAUGCAACAGGGCAAAUAUAUGCAAUUUCCAAAGAUUUGGCCACCUACAUUUCAGUAAAUCGGCACAUACUUCAUAGAUAUGCAAAUGAGGAUGUUUCACUAGGAUCUUGGUUCAUUGGUCUUGAUGUUGAGCACAUUGAUGAUCGAAGCCUUUGCUGUGGAACUCCACCUGGUAAGAUUGCGAGUGGAAGGCUCAGGCAGGAAAUCCUUGCGCUGCAUCAUUUGAUUGGAGCUGCAGUGGCGUUUGCAAGGCAGUGGAGAGAAUGGAGGAGGUACAUCAGCAGUGUGGGGAAGGUGACGGAGCAAUAUGGCAUACAAGUUUCUGAAACUUUUCAUUCAAAGGUGGUUGUAAUAUAGUUUUAUGUGUGAUCGAGUCUAUGGUUCAGACAAUCACCCCUGCCGAUUUUUGCCAUAUGAUGCCUCGGACAGUUGGUGAAUGCCUAAAUUAAUUACUGCACAUACAGAUUGUGAAUGAAAUAGUGAAAAUAUUCUAGUUACAAAUAUUAGAGUUGUUUGUGUUGAUAA